AUGUCUCAAUCAUCAAAUUCUACACAAGGCACAAACAUCUUCUCUGAAUUAACAGCAGUUGCAGCUGGUGGCGCGACUACCUCAACUGAAUCGCAACAAGGAAAGAAACGGUCAGCACCUUUGGCACCUGCGGUUCAGAUGAAAGAGAUCAAUGAUAAUGACAAGCCGAAUAGCAAGAAAACCCCAAGUAUCAUUUUAAAGUCUUCUGGUCAACCAAAAUUCGUUAGUGCAGCUGAAGUAGCUCGUACCAAUCUUCAAGUGAUGGUUGAAAUUUCUGAUGAAGAAUUGCUUGAAAUGGCAAUCAGAUUCGAGAAAAAGCAUCCCAAUUAG